UCUAUUACUAUGGAGGUUUUGACAACUGACAACAUCUUAUUCUGAAAAUAAGAAAUAAGAAUCAAAAUAUCUGAAUCUAAAAUUUUAAACAAAACAAGUGGCGUUUUUGUUGGCUAUAAAUGAAACAAAACCCAGCAAUUGAUUACAUAUGAAGUAAAAAGGAUGAUGUUUCAACAGUAACCUAAUAAGCACAAGUGCCUUUUAAUUUAAAGAAACACUGAUUUUAUUAACAAAAAUGUAUUAUCAAUACUACGUUUCUUUUGUAUUACUGUUAACGCCUAAUAUUUUAUUCUGCACGUCGGCUGCUGUUCACAGCCAUAGCUUAGAUGAUCCAGAGCGAGAAUCUGACGGCGCGUAUCGGCCACGAGAUUCUGAGCACUUUAAUGAUAUGGGACACAAUGUUGAAUUCGACCAUGAAGCCAUUCUAGGCAGCGUAAAAGAGGCAGAAGAGUUUGAUAAACUCAGUCCGGAAGAGUCAAAGAGGCGCCUUGGUCUGAUGCUGCCGAAGAUGGACCUUAAUGGCGAUAAGUUCAUUGAUCGCGAUGAACUUAAGAAGUGGAUUUUAAACUCAUUUAUUAAUCUUGCCAGAGAGGAAGCUGAGGAAAGACUAACAGAAGCAGAUGAAGAUGGUGAUGGCGUGGUGACAUGGUCAGAGUACCUUAGAGACUCUUUCGGGGUUGAUACUGAGGAAGAACUUAAUCCAGAAGAUACGGGAGACACUGGCAUGCAGUUGGUGCGUGAUGAGAAGAUAAUGUGGAAGACAGCAGAUAGGAAUGGAGAUGGAAAGUUGGAUAUAGCUGAAUUUGAGGUAUUUACAAACCCAGAGGAACACCCAGUGAUGCACCCUCAUCUAGUUUCUCAGGCUCUAAAGGAGAAAGACUCAAAUGGCGAUGGAAUGCUUGACUUCCAUGAGUAUAUUGGAGAGAGAGCUCAACACCAAGAUAAGGAAUGGGUGAUAACAGAACGGGACAAGUAUGACCAUGAGCUGGACUUAAAUGGAGAUGGCUUACUCGAUGAACAUGAAAUACAUCGCUGGAUGAUACCAGAUAACAAUGAAAUAGCCGAGGAGGAAGUGUCACAUUUGUUUGCGUCCUCUGAUGAUGACCACGAUGAACUUCUGUCAUUCGAGGAGAUACUUCAGCAUCACCAUGUUUUUGUUGGUAGUGAGGCUACAGACUUUGGAAACGAUAUAGAUCGAUUUGACGAUGAAUUAUAAGGAAAGGAAUUUAGAAAAUAUCAUUUGUUUAGUGCUUAUUUAUGUGUUUAACAAUUUUUAAUACCUUUUUUUGGCCAAAUAUUACAUUUAUGUAAGCUAAAUUAAAAUUUUAUUGUUUGACACAUUUUUAAGUAAACCUUAAGAGAGCUUUUAAUGUGUGUGAAAUUCUUGUCUACAAAAUGUAAAUUUAUUUAUUAAAACUAUUUACAUGCGAUUUUGCUGAAACAUAUAAUUUGGCUAUAUGUACUUUAGAUUUAAUACCAUGCUUUUAAAAGUUCUGAUACGCACAAGUACUUAGUGGGUUUUAAUUGUAUGAUUUAUCUGUUUACUUAACCAUAAUGUUCAAAGAAACUAGUCAAAGUUACAAAUAGCAAGUAAAAAUGAAGUAGUAAUCAUACAAUAUUUCAUACAUAUAUUUGAAACUUACAUAUAUAUUUGAAAAACUAAUGUCAAUCUCAAUGGUAACCGGUUGAAUCCAGUUUUUAAAUUUCAAAUACAGAAUCAUCUUUCAGUUUUUACCCGUCAAUACGAAUUUGUUUUGCCUUAUGUGGCAAAAGCAGCAGAGUUAUAUAUCAUAUGCAACCAAAUUAUAAAGCAUUUUUAUUUAUACCAAGCUUGAAUUAGCUAAUAAUUAUUUUUAACAAUGAAAAUAAUUUGACACGUGACUAUGUUACUGUUAGAAUUAAAAAAAAGUUGUAAUACGGCCAUUUUCUAAUAAGCUCUCCUAAAACUGUGCCAUUUGAUUUAACAUGUAGUAAGUAACUACAAAUUAGGAUAAUUGAAUUAUUAUUUUAGAAUUAUAAAUAGUUUAUAAUAAUAUUUUAACACACUAAUAUUAUACUUAAUGUAUUUGAAAUAAAACACAAAAAUCAUUUACAAUAUUUUUUUAUUCAAUAUAAUAAUCUUAAUAAAUCCAAAAUAUUUACACAAUACAAAAACAUACUAUAUGACCUUCCAUCUCCGCUUGUUUUAAUUUCAUUACACGAAUGUUCUGAUAACAUCUACAUAUAACUAUAAAGGAUCAUACCGCAUCCUGUUUUAAGUUUUAUGGUCCUUUUAAA